GACGUGACAUCGCAAAGGACCGUGACGUACUUCCUGUGGAGUUCAUCUCCGCAUUCUCCACGUGGAAAACAAGAACUAAGCGCGUUCGGUGCGGUACCGGGAGCUAUGGCUUGUUUGGGUUUCUGUGGGGAGUGGUUUCUGUCGACCUGCAGCAGCAAACUCAUAGCGGUCCAUACCAAAGAGCCCAGAGAGCCGUUUGUGUUUGACUGCAGCCGUGCUGAAAAGAGGAUAAAAACGGCAAAGGAUGUAAAUGGCAGUGAUGCGUCAGAGGAGACCGGAAGUGACACGGUCCUUGCUUUUGCAGUGUCUUCAUCUGGCAAAUUGGUGGCAAUCACUGAUGACACCAAGCGACUGAUCCUGUUUCAGUGUGAGCCUUCAUGGCUCUGCAUUAGCAUCAGGUGGGUGGCUAGGAGGUGCACAUCACUAGCAUUCAGCCAGGCUGAAGAUGAGCUGCUGGUGGCUGACAAGUCUGGAGACGUUUACUCCUUUUCUGUGGUUGAGCCAGAGAAGGACGGCGAGCUGAAGAUGGGGCACCUUUCAAUGUUACUCGCUGUGACCAUAUCUGCAGACGACCAGUACAUCAUUACAGCCGACCGUGACGAGAAGAUCAGAGUGAGCCGUCGCAGGUCCCCGUACGACAUCCAGUCUUACUGCUUAGGGCAUCACCAGUUUGUCAGUACGCUAGAGAUCCCAACAAGUCAUCCGCACUGGCUGCUGUCCGGAUCAGGGGAUGGAACAGUGAAGCUGUGGGAGUUUGAAUCUGGUCGCAAACUGCAAAGCUGGGACCUUGGGCAGCUUGAAGACGAUCUGUGCUCUGAUGCUGCCAAAGGAAAUAACGCAGCCGUGUUUCGUAUCUGCAGUUCCCCCGGCGGCCGUGAUGUCGCCGUGUUGUGUGACGGGCUGAUGAACGUUUACAUGUUCACCUUGGAGCGAACCAGUGACGAGAAGCUGAGGUUUCACAGUAAACUCCACUUUCUCCACCGUCCCAUGGACAUAGGCUUUGACACGAAAGGACGGCUUUGGGUGCUGCUGGACUCCAGCGACGUCCCGCUCCAAAUCCACACAUUCAGGAAAAACUCCUGGGAGUGCGACACUGAGAACGACGACCUCAGAAGAGUAACCGAGAUCCUCAGAACGCAGUGGAGCACGACUGACAAUUUCACAAGUGUCACAAACCACUUUGAGCACCUGUAUAAAGUGAGCUUUGACAACGUGUCAGUGUAUCUGCAGAAAAAGCAGCAGCGGAUUGAAGAGCAUCAGCUGAAGAGGACAAAAGCUCAGAAACCAAAAUGCAACAAGAAGUCAAAGAAGGAACCUGAUGAAGUUUUGACUCGGCCUUCUACUUAAGUGAAGAGUAAAGAGAAACAUUCUGGUUUUGUACUUGAAUAUGUGCGCAGUGCCAGUUUUAUUUGGUGGUUUAUUUUUACUAUUUAAGAUGAAACAAAGUUAAACCUUUUUUUCUGUUUGGCAUCGUCACCAAAUGAAACCUGUUUGCCAGUGUGAGCCACAUACAUUCUGUUGAAUCAUUAUUGUAUGUUUGGUGCAUUUAAUUACAUGUAAUUUCACUCUGGGAAUAAUAAGGCAUAUUUUAUUUUUAAAAAAUUCCUAUGUAAAACCUCAAUUCUAUAAUGACUCUAAAAAUUAAAAGUUCACAUAUUCAUUGGAACAGAACCAGAGUUCAUGUCAACAAGGUUUGUAGGUGGACCAGAAUAAGCUUAGCAUUCACACCUACCCAAACGGACCGGACGUUCUGGUCAAAUGAUCUGGAAUGAAAUACGCUCAGGAUGGGACCAAAAAAGACUCGGGAUUUGGAUGACAUUGGAAAAAUUACUGGACUUCCUGUCAGAAUAAAUUUCUGCUGUCGGAUCCCAGCAGGACUUGGUCGAGGAGGUCAGAUCUCUGAAACUCCAGAAGGCCAAAAAGGACAAGCAGAUAACACCUUUGGACAACAUGGUGCCGGAACUGGAGCAGUUCACGGAAGAACAACGUGUUCAUCGCCGGUCUGCGUGUUAAAUCUCCCUCGUACACUUGGGCAAUUACAGCGGAGUUAGACAGGCAAGCAAUAAACACUUGUACAAGCUGCAUCAUGCAAACAUUGUGCAUUUACUAAUUAUGUACAUUUGUAUUCAGCUUCAUUAAAUGAGAUCAUUAAAUGAAACUGCUUUCAUGAA